AUGCAAAAUGAAUAUCCUUGGUAUUAUUACGAAUUGAAAGGAUUAAGUGAUGGCUCUGAAGUUUCUCUAGAACAAAUUUUAGUAUUAAAUUAUAAAAAUGAAUUGAAAGCAGCAAACGAUAUACAUGAUGAAGAAGAACAAAAUGAACAACGACGUAGAAUUAAUGGGAAGGAAGAACAAAGAGAAAGUCCAAAUGAACAAUUAAUAGCAUUUGGAUAUCUUGAACAACUCGCUGGUAAUGGUUUUGGAGCAAAUCAUCAUGGUUUUGUUUUUACAUACAAUGGUCUCUAUCCAAAAACAUCUCGCAUAAAAAACUGUCUAUCACGUCAAUUACUCAAUCGUCUUAUUUUAACUGUUGAAAAUGAACAACAAUUAGAUCAAAUACUUAAAACACAGUUAACAGCCUAUGGUUUCAAUUUGAAUGUUGUUCGAUUUCGUUGUUCAGAUGGAACUCCUCAAAAAUAUAUAUUAAGUUAUAAAAUUGGUCCAUCAAAUGAUAAUGAAAAAAGAAAUCAAUGUGAAAUGCGUGAAAAAUGUGCUAGUGAAUUUGGUGAUAUAAAACUUUUAAUUCAAGCAUUGCAAUUACUUGGUGAUGAAAAAUAUGAAUCUGAACAUCCCCCAUAUAUCGUCGUGCAUCAACAAUUUGAAUUACAAUCUGAAUAUGAUUGGACUCAUGCAAUUCAUCAUAAUCUCAACAUAAAACGGCGAACAUGCACUACAUUUAUUCCAAAAUCUUCCGCAACUAAUGAUCCUGAUAAAAAUAAAAAUGAUAUUCCAUGUGGUUGUAAUCGUCUUCGUCGUGAACAUUCUUGGGAUGUUUUCGAAGGAAAAAAUCUCCAAUGGAAUCGAAACGAGCAUACAAGAUCAGCUUGCAAUAAUGCAUAUGGAUAUAUAUCGAAUACUCAUGCACAUUAUAUUCGAUGUGAUAUUAAAACACAUCCAAAUAUUCUUGCUAAAUUAAUGUUUGACGUAUGGAAAGUUAAAGAUCCACAAUUAAUAAUGUGUAUUAUUGGAGGAGCUAAAUAUUUCAAAUUAAAUGAACGACUUGAAAGAGAAUUUAUGAAAGGUAUUAUUCAAGCUGCAUUAAGAGCAGAUGGUUGGAUUGUAACAACAGGAUUUAAAACGGGUGUUGUACAACUUGUUGGUGAAGCUAUCUAUGAUCAUAAAGUAACUAAUCCACGAAGUCAUAUUACUGCUAUUGGUUGUUCGAAAUGGGGUGCAGCUAGAAAUCGAGCAUCACUCAUAUCAUCCAAAAUAUCAACUAAUACCAUUCAAGAUGCAACGAUGGAUACAUCAAAGAGAACGAAAGGUGAACAAGAUCUUGAACCUAAUCAUACACAUUUUUUAUUGCUUGACGAUGGAACUUACUAUGGAUAUGAUAUUGGAGAUUAUCGAACAAAAUUUGUUCUUGAAGCUUCACGUUAUAAGAAAGAAGUGCCUAUUGUGACUAUAGUCGUUGAAGGUGGUCCAGACACAUUAUCAACAAUUUAUAACGAUCUUUCUAAUAGUAUACCAGUAGUAUUAAUUGAUGGUAGUGGUCGAGUAUCUAACCUUCUUGCUAAUUUUCUUAAUCGUACAGAAUCAAUGAUGCAUCGAAGUGGAAAAGAUAAUGAUGGUGUUAAUUGGAAACAAGUAAUCAAUAUCGAAGAAGUAGAUGAUAUUGAAAGAUUAAAAACAAAAUUUCGUUCUUAUGCAGAUGAAAUACGUGAUGGUUUAAGAAAUAUAUCUAAAGGAUCAAACUCAUCAGACAAACAAAUAAAUGAGUUAUUUAAAUAUUUCCUAUAUUGUUUACAGCCAGCUGUUCGAUCUAGAAUUCGAAUAUUUAGUCUUGAUAGUAAUGAAUCUUUGGAUGAUACUAUUUUUGAAGCUAUUGUAGACGCAAAACAACAGGAAAGUUUAGAAAGAAAAACACCAGUUAAUCGAGAACAAUUAUUACAAUUGGCACUUGCAUGGAAUGCUAUUCAUGUAGCAAAAGAACAUAUCAUUAAAGAUGAUUUAAAUAAUCUUCAUUCAGAAAAUAAAGAAAUAUUAUUUUUUGAUGCACUUUUACUUGAUCGUCCACAAUUUGUUAAUACAUUUAUUAAAUUAAAUUUUGAUUUAACUCAAAUGUUUUAUGAAAGACAAAUUAAUCAACCGUGGAAAUUAAGAUUAAAUCAAUUACUUAGAUUAUAUAAUAAUGAUGAUAGAAAAAAGAUUAAAGAACGUCGUUAUUUACUUAAUAAAUGUUGUGAUAACAAACCAAUUAAUUCCGAAGAAGAUCUUAAUUUAAUAUUAAAAAAAUUAAUAGGUGAUUAUUUUAAACCAAUAUAUACUCCUUCAGUUAUUGACUGUUGGAAACAAUUAAAAAUAUGUUGUUCAUGUUCAUCAGGAGCUCGUGUUUCGGGUAGUCGUGCAGUUGUGUAUACAGAUUAUGAUAACGAUGAUUCUGAAGUACCUGAUCCUGAAGAAGCUCAAAAAGAAGCUCGAGAACUUGUUUUUCGUGAUUUAUUUUUAUGGUCGAUAUUAACAAAUCGUGUUGAAAUGUCUAAAAUUAUAUUAAGUCACAUGCAAUCACGUAUAUGUGCUGCAUUAAUAGCAUCAAAAGUUUUUAAAUCAUAUGAAAAAUUUGCUUAUGAUAAUGAAUCAAAAGAAGUUUUACAUUAUCAAGCUGAACAAUUUGAAGAAUAUGCAAAUGAAUGUUUGAAAUGUUGUUAUCAUCUUCAUGAAGAAAAAGCAUGUGAAAUAGCUAUUCGAAGUAUUAAUGUAUUCGGUGGUGUUUCAUGUCUUCAAGUAGCUGUAGAUGCUGAUGAUAAAAGUUUUGUUAGUCAACCAUGUUGUGCCCAACUUUUGAAUAGUAUUUGGCAUGAUAAAAUAGAACCAACUCAAUUCACAUUACUUCAACGUAUUGGAUUAUUAUUAAGUAUUUGUACAUUUGGUUUGUUAGCACCAGUUUUUGUUUCAUUCCGUAAAGUCAAAUCAGCUACUAUCGAUUUUGUGAAUGAUCGAAAGAGAAAUAAUAACAUGAUUGUUAAUGAAACAGUACAAGAAACAAAACAAUUGUUACCUAAAAUUAAAAAAAAAUUAAAAGAUCAUGGUAUAAAUUAUUCUGAUAUUUAUGCAUGGCAAUCAGAUCGUUAUUUUCAAGGAUGUUUAGAUUAUUUUCGUCAUUUAAAACAAUUUCAUGAAUCACCACUUAUUAAGUUUUCAUAUAAUUCUGCUAGUUAUAUAUUCUUUCUAUUACUCUUUUCUUAUUAUUUAUUAUUCGAUUUUAAAAGUCCAACAAAUGAAAAUUUACGUGCACAUUGGACAGAAAUUUUACUAAUUAUUAUUGUAACAACAAUGCUUUUUGAAGAUAUUCGACAAUUCUUUUGGCAAGAUAGUCGAUCAAUAAUUGGAAAAUUAUCUAUUUACUUUAUAAGAAAUCUAUUUGUUAAUUUAAUUCGUAUUACAUCAUAUAUACUUUUUUAUAUUGGUUUUAUUCUUCUUUUUACAUAUACAUUCACUGAUGAAGAUUUAUCAAUUGCUAAAAUUAUUCUUGCUUAUGAUCUUGAGAUUUGGUAUAUUCGAUCAUUAGCUUUUCUUGGUGUUGUACGAAAAAUGGGACCAAAACUUGUUAUGAUACGAAAAAUGCUCAUUGAUUUAUUUUUCUUUACAUACAUUAUUUUAAUUGCAAUGAUUGCAUAUGGUGUUGCUUCUCGAGCUAUGUAUAAAUACAAUGAAGAUACAGAUAAUAAUACUUUAACAUUUGAUGGUCGUUCAGUUUUUCGACAUAUUCUUUAUCCGAGUUAUUAUCUUAUGUAUGGAUCAACAGAAAACGAAUUAGAAGCACUUGAUCGAAAUCGAGAUCUCGGUACAUCUAUCGCAACUCAAAUUUUAUUAGCUUUUCAUAUGUUAUUUGUUAAUAUUCUUCUUAUUAAUCUUCUUAUUGCUAUGUUUAGUUAUACAUUUGAAUCAGUUCAAAGUCAAACUGAUCAUGUAUGGCGUUAUGAACGAUAUUCAUUUAUUCGUGAAUAUUUUGAUCGACCACCACUUUUUCCUCCAUUUAUUAUCAUAACUCAUUUGAUUGAAUUUAUUAAAUUCUUGAUAAGACUUUGUUCAACAAGAAAUAAUUCAAAUAUGAAAAAAAAUCGAGCAAAAAUAUUUAAAAUGAUCGGUGCUAAUCAUGAAAUAGAUAAAGAUUGGUCAGAAUUUGAAAGUUAUGCAACAAAUCUUUAUGCUCGAACAAUAGUUUCUGGUAAACCAUCAUCAUCGGCUACUGUUGUAACAUCAAGAACACGUCAAGAAAUUCUACCAACAACAUUAGAUACAAUGAAUACUUCACAAUCAUCAUCAACUAUAGAUGUUAAAGCAAUUACUGAUGAAAUGGCAUCGGUUAAAAGAGUUGUUGGAGAUCUUCGUACAUAUGCUGAAGAAAUGAAUAGAUCUAUGCAAUGGAUGAUGGAUGCAAUGGAACGUGUUAAAAUGUCUAAAGAACCAAGACCGAUACCAAGAUCAGCAGUAACAACUCAUAGUGAGAUUAUUGAAUUUUUUUUUUAA